AUGAGCACAACCGAUUUGCCGGAGGAGAAGCCUCCAUUACAACUUACAGAGGAGACUUUGGUAGCCGAUAAAGAAACCAAAGACGUCAGCAAUGAUACUCCUGAGAAUAUCGAGGACGAUGUUCUUAAAACUCUCAAAUAUUCACUCUUGGGGCCGUCCCUUCUGAAAGCAGGUCAAGAUAAAGUUGACCAGACCAAGGUUUCUGAAAUUAUAUACAACGCUUCGAAAGGCUCCAAAUUCUUCAACCGCGAAGAAGAAAGAGAUAAGGUCCUUACUCAAAAGAUCGAACAAAUCAUCUCUCGUAAGAACCAGCUUGAGAAGAAGGAUCUUACCCGUGAUCUACGCAAUGCCGACCGUCUCAUCGCUGAGCUAGAGGUCACUCGCGACUUGACCCAACACAUCGUCCAUGUCGAUUGCGAUGCUUUCUACGCGGCAGUUGAGCUUCUUGAUCGUCCUGAAAUAAAGGAUCUUCCAUUUGCUGUUGGUGCCGGCGUCUUGACUACUUGCAAUUAUGUUGCGCGGAAAUUUGGCUGUCGAUCAGGUAUGGCUGGCUUCGUGGCCAAGAAACUAUGCCCAAGCCUCAUACUUCUCAAGCCCAAUUUCCAGAAGUACAAUGCCAAAGCGCAUGAAGUUAGGGAAGUCCUCGUCAAUUACGACCCACGAUUUGAGAGCGCCAGUAUCGACGAGGCAUACCUGAACAUCACAGAGUACUGUCUGGAGCACCAAAUGGAACCAGCAGAUGUUGUCGAACAGAUGAGGGCCGAAGUUCACCAAAAGACAAAUAUCACCAUCUCUGCCGGUAUCGCUGCUAACGCAAAACUUGCAAAAAUCUGUUCGAACAUGAACAAGCCCAACGGACAAUACGUUCUACCCAGUGACAGGCCAACAAUUAUGGCGUUUAUGCGGGACUUGCCAACCAGAAAGGUCAAUGGUAUAGGUCGUGUGCUCGAAAGAGAACUCCUGGAGAUUGGUAUCAAGACAUGUGGUGAUCUCUACGCUCAUCGACAGUACCUCAACCCGCUCUUUGGCGACAAAACUUCGGAGUUCUUAUUCAUGUGCUACUUAGGUCUUGGUCGGACCAAGAUUCAACCGGCAGAAGAUUACGAGCGUAAAAGCGUUGGUACUGAGAGUACGUUUCGCGAUAUGUCUGAUCCCACGCAACUCAGGGAAAAGCUGCGUUCAACAGCCGAAGACUUAGAGCAAGACAUGAAACGUGCUGAAUGCAAGGGCCGUACGCUCUGUCUUAAAAUCAAACUUCACACUUAUGAGGUCUUCACCCGUCAAUCCGUCCUCCCGCGGGCUAUAUGGCUAGCAGAUGACUUAUACAACUAUGCUCUUCCUAUACUCACCAAGCUGGAGCAGGAAAUGCCAGACAUGAAACUGCGCUUGAUGGGUCUACGGUGUACACACCUUGUCAGCACAAAGAAGCCCGACACAAUGGCCUUCUUUGGCUUCCGACCUCGACGAACGGAUUCAGAAGACCGACCACAGGAAGGGCUCCUUAAGAGAAAAGCAAGCGACGACGAUGGAGAAUGGGAACAAUGGCCGGAAGCCGAUUUCCAGCUAGACGACGCGGACGGCCUUCUUGGAGGCUCCUCUAGUAACCAAGACACCCCGAAUCAAUCGCCAGGCCGAAAACAUGGCAAGGAAAUCGCACCCAAUCCUACCAAAGAGGACGCUGUAGAGGAGCAAUGGUGGGACUGUCCCAUUUGCAGCAGACCACAAGCGGCCAACGAGCGGCAAUUCAACGAGCACAUCGAUCUCUGCUUGUCACGGCAGACGAUUCGUGAGACUGUUCAGGCAGAUACCCCAUCAACGAGGCGAGACCCAACACCUGAAAAUAAGAAGCCACGGACUAUAGAGAAGAAGAGAGGGAGGCCGAAGGCGCCUGACCCGAAGCAGAGACAGCUAUUUUUUGGAUAA